CUGAAAUCGUGGUUCCGAUUGGCUGGUCUAUCUCCAUCUCUGCUCCCGUCCUCAGAUUUGCUUCUCUCUUGUCAGCAUAGCGUCUGCACUCGAUCCUUAGCCUCUUUCCCCUCACGAAUACGGGUAUUCUCCCAGCUGCCUAGUUUAUCUAGUUCUGACCUAUUGGACGAGACAUUCACUUCAAUGUAUCCAUCCGGAGACGUUACUUUGGCUGUGGAAGACGCUGGAUUCCAUGAACUGCUGGUUCUCGUGCCAAAUGGCAAUAAAACCAUUGUCGAAUCGUUACCUGGCUUGAGUGCCAACGAGACUGCAAUCAUAAAAUCCCUGAUAGAACCAGCAAAAGAGGUGACCGUUUUCAACAUUUUUUCGCUAUCGAUCAAUACGGGACUUUUGGGACACGCAAUUUAUGUCGCGACUGCAAUCAUAAAAUCCAUGAUAGAACCAGCAAAAGAGGUGACUGUUUUCAACAUUUUUUCGCUAUGGAUCGAUGCGGGACUUUUGGGACACGCAAUUUAUGUCCUGGUUGGAUUUAGACUGGAUGGCGAGCGUUUGGCACAUCUUGGGAACGGCAUUUUGUUCGUUCCGAUCCUGUCCCGCAGUCUCUAA